AUUCAGCAACCAUGAGGUCUCUGGUCUUUGUUCUGCUCAUCGGAGCUGCCUUCGCCCUUGAUGACGACAAGAUCGUCGGAGGGUAUGAGUGCACACCCCACUCCCAGCCCCAUCAGGUCUCUCUGCAAUCUGGCUACCACUUCUGUGGAGGCUCUCUGGUGAACAAGGAUUGGGUUGUGUCUGCUGCUCACUGCUACAAGUCUCGCAUUGAGGUUCGUCUUGGAGAGCACCACAUCAGGGUCAACGAGGGUACCGAGCAGUUCAUCAGCUCUUCCCGCGUCAUCCGCCACCCCAGAUACAGCUCCUACAACAUCAACAAUGACAUCAUGCUGAUCAAGCUGAGCAAGUCCGCCACCCUCAAUGAGUACGUGUCAGCUGUGGCUCUGCCCACCAGCUGUGCCCCCGCUGGCACCAUGUGCAAGGUCUCCGGAUGGGGCAACACCAUGAGCUCCUCCGCCAACGGUGACAAGCUGCAGUGCCUGAACAUCCCCAUCCUGUCCGACAGGGACUGCGAUAACUCCUACCCUGGCAUGAUCACCGAUGCCAUGUUCUGCGCUGGAUACCUGGAGGGAGGCAAGGACUCUUGCCAGGGUGACUCUGGUGGCCCCGUCGUGUGCAACGGUGAGCUUCAGGGUGUUGUGUCCUGGGGUUACGGAUGUGCCGAGAGGGAUCACCCCGGUGUCUACGCCAAGGUCUGCCUCUUCAACGACUGGCUGGAGGACACCAUGGCCAGCUAUUAAGUCUGAUCAAGUGAUGACCAUCUUACUCUGCUGCCUCUAUUCUACCAUUCUCACUCCAACGUUGUUGUUGAGUUUGAACAAUGUGCAGCCAUUUUCCAUCUGAGUCAAUAAAAUCUUUAAAUUCAAA